AUGAACAGAAAGCAAAAGAUGGCUCAGCUACACUUCAAGCAUACCAUCUGCACUAUAUUGAUAUUAUCCACAAUAUAUGGUUUAUUAAUAGCAGAUUCUGAGUUGAACUAUCUAUCAAGAUAUGUACUAUUUGUCAUCUAUGAUGACUUUCCAUUAGAAACUAAUGUAAUAAAAGUGCCCAGUUCCCAUAUAUAUUGUCUUUGGAACCGAGAUACCAACUAUUUUUAUGAAGAUUCGCUACUCAUACCGAUACUCUUCCGCUAUUCUGAUAGCAAUUUGGAAUUUGACUGGUUUUUUAUCCUUUCAGAAAAUACAAGAUUCGACCCAUUUCUUCUUGAGGAGAUCUUGAAAAAAGGAGGAGUGAAUUCAAAAAGAACUGAUUACUUAGAUAAAUUAUCAGAUAUUCCAUUUAAAAAUAGGAAAAACAGAAUUUUUUUAAAUGAAUUUCUUGGAGCUCAACUAAAUGAUGAAGUUCCAUCUAUUGUUCACCACUACAAUAUUGAUAAGCACUUUGCCUAUCCGUACUAUCCCUCAGGCUUUGCAAUUAGUAGAAAUGCGAUAAUGAAUUUAAAAACUAAAAUGAUUGUAGAAUUUAAUAAAUAUGCUCAACCAAGGAUAUAUACAGACCCUAUUUACGAGCUAUCAAAAGUACUCAAAGAAUUGCUUAAUGUUUCAUUAACUGAUAUAGUUCAAUUUUGUACAGGUUUUGAAAGUCUAAGAUGCGGAAUAUACAUAAAAAGUAGAAACACACCUGUAAAGUGUGCAACAUGGACCAUCUCAUCACGAAUAUCCCCUAACUGCCCAUUACCAAAUAUUAUCACAAUCAAUAACAACGAACUAAUUGAUCCAAAUGAUGUUGUUAUUUCUGUUAAGACUACAGGGAAAUUUCAUGGUACGAGGGUUACACAAAUAGCUCGAUUAUGGGCAAACAGAAAUUUAUUGAAAUAUUCAACUCAUCCAUUAUGUCCAAAGCUAGACGUAUAUGAAGGUCAUAAUAUAGAAUUAGAAGUAUUAAGUGACAAGUCAGAAACUAUAGGAAAUAUACAAACCAUCGAUUUAGGUGUUGGAAAUCAGAUUAAAGGGCAUUGUGUCAAGUUUUACUCUAUGCUCCAUUAUCUUUACAAGAAAUACUUGAAAAGUGGUAAAGCUACAAAUAAGCGUUAUUUUGUAAUUGUUGAUGAUGACACAUUAGUACUACCUAAUUCACUAUUAAAUGUUCUAUCUAUUAUUGAUCAAACUAGAUAUAAGAACGAAAAACUUUAUAUGGGGUUAAGAUAUUCUCUAGGGUCUAUAUUACAGGGAUGGAAUAUUGACUAUGCAACUGGCGGAGCCGGAAUAGUUAUUAAUGCUAAUACGCUUGUCUCACUUGUAAAUUGUUCUGUUUGCUCAUGUUCUGGACCUACUGAACCUGAUGAUAUGGCAAUGGGACGUUGGUGCAAAUUUUUGGGUAUUAAAGCAAUCAAUUAUCCUGGUUUCUACCAAGCUGAGCCUUAUAAUUAUCAUCCUUACUAUAUUGAAUAUCUACCAAUUAUAACAUUUCAUAAAUUAAGUGAUAACUUUAAAAUGACAAUAAUAAAUUAUUCAGAGACACUUUUUUCUGAAAUGUACCCACAUAUUGAUAAAGUACGUUCAGAAUCUUCUAUACAACAUGAUGAACUUUAA